GCGCUGGCGAGGCUCUCAUUAGUCGGCCACUCGGGGAGGGGCCGGGCCAGGUCACGCCAUUAAACCGGCUCCGGUCUCCGCCGCCGCCGCGUUACCUCGCUAGUGCGACAGGUGUUUGCGCUACGAGUUUACUGAGCCUCAACUUGAGGGUCCGAGUCCGGCACGAAGAUGCGCGCGCCCAUCCCAGAGCCCAAGCCUGGAGACCUGAUUGAGAUUUUCCGCCCAUUCUACCGACACUGGGCCAUCUACGUUGGUGAUGGAUAUGUGGUCCAUUUGGCCCCACCAAGUGAAAUUGCAGGAGCAGGUGCAGCCAGCAUUAUGUCUGCCCUGACCGACAAGGCCGUGGUGAAGAAGGAGCUGCUGUACGAUGUGGCCGGGACAGACAAGUACCAGGUCAAUAACAAACACGAUGACAAGUACAGCCCGCUGCCUCCCAGCAAGAUCAUCCAGCGGGCUGAGGAGCUGGUGGGCCAGGAGGUGCUGUACAAGCUGACCAGCGAGAACUGCGAGCACUUCGUCAACGAGCUGCGCUACGGAGUUCCCCGCAGCGACCAGGUCCGGGACGUGGUCAUGGCCGCGGGCAUCGCAGGAGUGGGCUUGGCAGCCAUGGGCUUGAUCGGGGUCAUGUUUUCAAGAAACAAGAGACAAAAGCAAUAAGCUGGAAUGACUGUCCCAUCAGCAAUGCCUUUAUAUGUGGGGGCAAAGGGAGCUUGUUUUGCAGGAGUUCAGGGCUUAGUUUGUGGAUUUCUUUCUGCUUUUAUAUAAGGCUUAUUUUCCCAGAAUAAAGCACUCAAGGGAGGGGUGUUAUUGGAGGAAAUGGAGCAAGCCACCCACUGUGAAGUCUGUGUGUAGGGUGAGUGGGUGGGGUCAGGGUGGGGAGGGACCUCUGGGCUGCCACUCUAUUUGCUGUGAGCUCUGUUCUUCUGACCCCAUUUUCUCACUUCUCUUCUGAUUGAGUCCCAGCACCAUCUUUUCCGGUUGGCUAAGGUGGCUCUUGCAUUGCCAGUGCCAAGUUUCUGAGAGAGAAUCUUGAUUGGCUCAGCCCACCAAUUAGUUCUGCCAACCCACUGGCUGUCUUUGAGCAGAUCACCUCACUCAGCCAAUAACUGCCUGUUGGCUUUGAGGUCACAUGGCAUGAACUGUGCCCUGACUUUUAAAGGUUGAGGGGGCGAACUCAGCCCGAGGGACAUAGGGCAAGCCCAGGGAAAGGAAUACAAAAAGUGUAGACCUCCAAGCUAACUGUGGAGGAAGAGGGCAGCAGGAGAAAGCAAAUGCAUGAAAAAGUCAAACCAAGAUGCUCAGUUAAGUUAAAAACAACCCAGCAGGAAAAAACGAAACUUUUAUAUAAUGCCGUGGAUAGAACUAACAAAUCGGAGGAACUGUUUCAGAUACUUUGGUAAUCACAAUAAGAGUACGUGGAAGUUGCUGGCAAAGUGAAGGUUAAGUGUCCCAUUGGCUUAAGAGACUACUACAGAGAACAUGGUCCACAGCCAACACCCUUGAAAUGCAAGGGCACAGGAAUAUUCCAUGACAGCUGUCCAGGUUCUUUAAAAAGCUUAUAUGAUUAAGGAGAAGAGAGGAUAUAUGAAAACUAGGAUCAGGGAAGUGUUGGAAGGAGAACAUCAAAAACAAAGUAUAAUUCAAGGUGACUGGGAAAGUUUGAGUGGGAACUGGGUAUUAAUAUGGAGGCAUUAUUAAUUUUGCUAAAACCUAAUAACAGUGGUGUUAGAUAUAUAUAAAAAUGUGCUCUAAUAAAAAAAUUAAUGCAGAUAAAAA